UAGAUUCAGUUUGUCGAAUCAAAUUAGUUGACGAUCGUCAAUGGUUGAUGAUUGUACACACACACAUUUGGUGAACAAACCUGAAAAAAUGGCUAUACAAAAAACUGUAAUUUUAUGCGUUUCAUUUGGCCUGAUGAUGAUCAUAACAUCGUUAUUGGUGGCCACCGUUGUUGAUGCUAUAAAAACCGAAGAUGAAUGUCUAGGUGAAUUUGAAUUCUGGUCCUGUCAAUCAUCAACACGACAAUGUCAACGUAUCUGUGAAAAUAAAGGUGUCGAUAAAAAGAAAUUAAAAUGUGAUGGUGAAUGUCAACGUGCUUGUGUAUGUGAAGCCGGUUAUCUACGCGAUGGCAUUGAUGGUGAAUGUGUUUAUGAUACUGAAUGUAAUCUUGGUGAUGAUGAUGAUGAUGAUGCUUCCGGAAAAGUGGAUCAAAUUCAAACGGAAUCCACAACAACAACGACAACGACAACGGCAAGACCAGUGGUGAAUAAUAGAAAUAUUGGAAAAAAAUUAGCCGAUGUAAAGAAAAAUAAACCAAAAAGAUAUGCCGGUGAAACUGAAGAAUAUGCGCGUGAUGAAAUUGAUGACACGAAUGAAAUCAUUAAUGGUGAUGAUGAUGAUGAUGAUCAUGAAGAAUUAGAAGAUUUUUCACGAUUCUAGAAUUUCAAAUUAAAAAAAAAAAAAUUAACAACAUUCUAAACAACCAGAUGGCGAUCCUGUCACCAGGUAAUAUUAACCAAUCUGAUGACGUUGUUUCGAAGAUUAUUUUCUUUUCUGUUUUUCUUUGCUUUAAUAAUAAACCAAUUUAUAUCUAU